CAGCACAAACAUGUACGCCAAGUUGAUCAUCGCUCUGUGCGCCGUGGGUAUUGCCCAUGCGGGUGGUUUGUUGGGAGCUGCUCCUUUGGCCUACACCAGCCACGCCAUCGCCGCCCCUGCCGUUUCGUCUGUGUCCUCCUACUCGACGCACACCGCUCACGCCAGCCCCAUCGCUACAUACGCUGCCGCUCCCGCAGUAGCCCACUACGCCGCGCCCGCAGUAGCAUCUUAUGCUGCUCCUGCCGUAGCAUCUUAUGCUGCUCCUGCCGUAGCGUCUUACGCUGCCCCCGCUGUGGCGACCUAUGCUGCUGCCCCCGUCGUAGCCAAGACCAUAGCUCCCGCCGUGAGCUCUGUGUCAUCUUACUCCUCCCACACCGCUCACGGCGGUCCUGCGUAUGCCGCCUACUCCGCUCCAGUCGUAGCCAAGACUUAUGCUGCUCCUGCCGUCGCUGCCUACUCUGCCCCCAUUGUGGCUAAAACCUACGCUGCUCCCGCCGUGGCGACUUACGCUUCUGCCCCCGUUGUUGCCAAGACAAUCGCGCCUGCCGUGUCAUCCGUAUCGUCCUACUCCACCCACACGGCUCACGGCUCUCCCGCAUAUGCUGCAUACUCCGCUCCCGCGGUCGCCGCCUACUCUGCUGGUCCUGUGAUCGCUAAGAGCUACGCCGCUCCUGCAAUUUCUGGUUACUCAGCUGGUUCUCUCUACGCCAAGAGCUACGCUACCCCAGGCAUCUCUACAUACGCUGCCGGGCCUAUCUACGCCAAGAGCUAUGCUGCUCCAGUCAUCUCUUCCUAUGCCGCUGCCCCCGUCAUCGCUAAGAGCUAUGCUGCACCAGCCAUCACAAGCUAUGCUGCCGGCCCCAUCUUCGCCAAGAGUUACGCUGCCCCCGCCUACUCCACAUACGCCGCUGCUCCUUUGGUAGCUAAGGCAUACGCCGCCCCUGCCUACACCUCAUACGCCGCCGCCGCGCCCGUUCUGAAGUCAGCUGUGGCGUACUCUGCUGCUCCCGCUGUAUCUCAUAUUUCAUACAGCGGUCACGGUGCCGCUUACGGUUGGUAGACUGAAUAGAUGUUAUAGUUAAUAUUGUAACUAGACCAAAUGAAUAAAUGAUAUAUUUUUAUCUA